AUGGUCCAUCCCGACAUGGUGUGGGAACAAUGUUGGCAACAUUGUGCAAACAGCUCGAUGCUUUACGGAAGACACAACUUGGGUUUCCAGCGUUCCAUCGAUGAGAUUAAGUCUACCACGCUUGCCAAAAUUGAAAAACUUCUGCAGCCGAACGGUAGGACCCUAAAAGAAUUUACUGACAUGCCAUUUCCUGAUUCGGUAGAUUCGACUGACCCUCCCGACACAGUCUUCUUUGAUGAGCUCAAUUUUGAUAAGACAGAGUUGGAAAGUAUUUCUGUCGAUUUGGUUUCCUGCUUGAAUCGAGACCAGCGUGUUGCAUUCGACACAAUAGCCAAUGCAGGUCAUAUUGUUCUCAACGUGGCAUCCAGUGGCAUUGCAGCGCUGUUGUUGCCUAAUGGGCGAAUUGCUUAUUCACGCUUUAAGGUUCCACUCAGUGUUAACCAAUACUCCAUUUGUAAUAUAAGGCAAGGCACACCCCUCGCGCAUCUUAUUUCAUCUGCAAAAUUAAUUAUAUGGGAUGAAGCACCAAUGUUAAAUAAAUUUUACUUUGAAGCGCUCGACAAGUGCCUUAAGGAUGUUCUUUGUUUUGAUCAUGGAUAUAAUCCUAAUGCUUCAUUCGGUGGAAAAACUGUUGUUCUAGGAGAUAAUUUUCGUCAGAUAUUGUCUGUGAUUCCUCGUGGUUCCUGGGAGGAGAUUGUUUAUUCGUGUAUUAAUGCUUCAAACCUGUGGCAAUGUUGCCAAGUGUUGUAA